AUGUCUGGCCAGGGCCGAGAUCCCGCCUUGGACCGGGAGUCGAGGUUCGGGGAGAUCGUUGCCAUCCUCAUCAUUGGAUCCGUACUGUCAACCGUCACUCUGUCACUACGGUGCUAUGCGCGCGUGUUCUUGCUGAGAUUUUUCGGUCGUGACGACGGAGUCAUGGUCGCAGCCCAGUCCUUCUACAGCUCCAUCGUCGUCUACAACAUCGCCGUGUGCCUGACCAAGAUCUCGAUCCUGCUGCAAUACCGGCGCAUCUUCUCCAACGCGCUGAUGCAGCGCGCGACGCAGGCGGGGCUGUGCUUCCUGUGCGCGUGGGCGGUCACGCUCGCGUUCCUGCUCACGCUCGUCUGCAUCCCCGUGGCGGCCUUCUGGGACCCGCGCGCCGGCGGCCGCUGCCUCGACGGCCCGACCAUCUGGUACACCAUGGCCGGCGUCAACUUGGUGACUGACUUUGCCAUCCUCACCAUGCCGCUGCCCGUGCUACGCUCGCUACACCUCCCGCGCCGCCAGAAGAACAUGCUGAUCGGCGUCUUUUGCUUGGGUGUUUUCCCCUGCGCCGUGUCCAUCUACCGGAUCCGCACGCUGCGCAUCGCCACGCAGACGGCCGACCCGCUGUGGGACAACGUCGACGCGGCGACGUGGUCGUUCCUCGAGCUCAGCGUCGCCGUCGUGGCCGCGUGCCUGCCCACGCUGCGGCCCAUCCUCGUCGCCGCCCUGCCGCGCGUCUUUGGCGCCUCGUCGUUGUCGUCGGUUCAUGGCAGCGGUGGCGGGGGCUUACGGUACUGCUCGGCCAACGGCGGCGAUGGCAGGGCGUGGCGGAGUGGUGCGACGGAUUCGGAUGGCAGUGGCGAUGAGCUGCGUGGAGAUGGUCGUAGUGUUGGGGUCGAGCACAAGGAUGAUCUUGAAUUUGGCGCGCUGGAUAGGAGCGAUGAUGACGAGCGAGAUGACGAUGCUGCUGCUGGGCGCAGAUCGGCCUACAGUGUCCAUGUCACUGCGGCUGGGGCGGGCUGGGGCGGGCCUGGGCAGGGCGGCCUGCGGGGAGGCGGAAUCAAGACUACCACGGUAGUCACGCAGAAGGUCACGCCUGGGAAAAAAUAACAAAGCAAUGACGCGGCGGGCUUCCUUUUUGGCGUUUAUUUUCAUUUUUAUUUUCAUUUAAGCUAGUGUUUUUGUGAUAUUGAUAACCUGGUUCAACAUAUUGACACGCAAGGAAGGGUUAUUGACAAGCAAGGAAGGGUUGCUGCGUGGAAUUACCCGAACAAAGGGUGUUCGAAGUGUAAAGUUGUCAGCCAGCUUGUCACAAUUAUUAGGGGUCACUAGUUGUUGCCGACGUAGUAAUCGCAAGACACCUUCAGCCAAGUCACUCAAGCAG